AUGAGUGCAAGCCGCGAUGCGCACUCCAAAAUGAGCCCCUACUUCUCCCAUGCUCACGUCAUCGCUGUCAUGCUGCUAUAUGUGUAUCGCGAGCGCCUAUUGCAGCUUGAUACACAGAGAUUAGGUCGUAGUGCGCGAUGUGAGUCCGAAUGCACCUCAGGGUUUAUGCCUUUAGAUUUAUGUGGUCCCACUAAGUGUGCCAAGAAUCUCAAGGAUUCGACAUACUAA